AUGGCUUCAUCUUCAGAUAUUCCCACGCAAGUUAAUAAAGAUAAAUCAGAGGUCUCAACUGACCAAGAUAUCCUUUGGCCAUACUUGCAGAAGGCUCUGAUCAGUCGAAAUCUGACUGGAACUCCUGUAAGUCUCUUCAACGACAAUUUGGAACGCGGGAUCCAGAACUCUUCGCCAGAUCUCCCUGCGGCUUGGCCAACUCUCAAGCGAGAUGCGACAAAUCAAAUCCUCCUCUUUCCGGGUUCAUUUAACCCACCUCAUCAGGGUGACUUGGCAACGAUUAGAUACUUCUCAGAUCACUGUGACCAGUUGGGUAUCGUAGCUAUGUUCAUAUUUGCCGACCCGGACGAGAUCAUAGGUACCAAGGAAAAGAAAUGGGGUAAAAUCAUCCUUCCCCAGAAGUUGCACAACAGGAUGUUCGCCCAAGUUCCCGAAUUAUCUCCACUCAUCGAGGACGGAUGGCUUCAUCUUCUGGUGGGAGAUAUGGAGGGUCAUAUUCAAGUCUUACGCACUAUGACUGGUCUGAUAUCGGAAGCCGGUUUCGACGUCAAGUUGGUCGGGUUCUUUGGCGGUGAUAAACUGUCUGUCGAAAGCCCUCCACAUUUGCCUCCGGGUGACUUAACCGCAUGGGGUCCAAUCGAUGACUUCCUCAUAACAAAUGCUAGAAGACCAGUGGUCUUUUAUGACCCAGGACAACUUGCACUUCACAACUUACCUGGUUGCACAGAGUGGGAGAGAGCCGCGUCGACCAACGAGGUGGCGGUAGCGGAGGAACAACGUCUUGGAGAAUUAUGGUUCUGUAAAGCUUUGACAGUUCCGGGAGAGCCUUACAUCCAGUUUCGUGCUUCACAUAGCAGCGCCUCGAAUGGGAUAAGCUCGACCCGUAUACGGAAGAUAAUGGUUCAUGCGUCUGUGGAGGAAAUUUAUGAGCUGCUGAAAGAUGAAGUCUUGAGCAUCGAGGUUAUGAUAGAGUGGCUGCAAACAAACAUGUCGUAACGAGCAGGUGUUGUUGAAGAAGAAGCAAAUAAUGAAGAGUGGUCGAUCUUUCU